GUGACGUUUCAAUUGGAGCCAGCAUUCAAAAGAAGUAUAACAUACAAUUUCACGAAUGAUAGUGAUAUAGAAGAUGAGUUUAUGGAACAUGCAAGGAAGAAUGAAUUUGGUGACAUUCAAUGGUACCCUUCUAGACGUACUGCUGUGUACAGAUAUGAUAACAGAGUCCCCUUAAACACAUCAGGCGAUGGUGUCAAUGAUUUUCUGGGAUUUCAAUCCAAUCUUAUUCUGCUCUCUAAGUCUGUUCGAGCCACAGAAAAAGGCUUUGAAAACACGAGAAACGUGGGUGGCAAAUGCACAAUGGCAAGUUCUUUCGUGUCCUAUAAGAGAUUGAUAGCAAAUGGAUUAAAAAACAACAAGUUAAUCUUCACUGGAUAUCCAGUAGUGGGUCCUCACGGGAAAAUGCAAACUUCAGGUUCUUGUUUAUACUCAUCUCCUAUAGACAUCACUAACACAUGUGCUUGGGAUCCAAGAAUCAAUGGACUCUUCUUCUAUGAAUCCACAGCCAAAUUUCCAGCUUCAAAAUUUGGAGAUUUCAUACGUGAUGUGAAAAAAUUACGCGAUUUAGUCAAGCCAGAAAACAUGUGUGGUGUUGACAUUUAUAACGGAUUCCUCUUUCGUUUCAUCAAGGCCUCGGAAGCAUAUUUAGGUCAAAGCGAAGAUUCAGUUGUCUUGGAUUUUAACUAUUUUCGCGCUAAUGAUGCCUUAACCCCGCGAUUAAACCAAGAUAUUUGGGAAGAAGUAGAGCAAAUGGCUUUUGUUAAGUAUGGAGCUAAGCCACAUUGGGCUAAAAAUAGGAAUGUAGCAUUUCUUGAUGUGCAGAAGAAGUAUCUAAAAUUUAACAAGUUUAUUGCAGCCAAGAAUCAAUUGGAUCCUAAGAAUAUGUUGUCUAGUGAAUGGUCUGAUGAGAUAUUGUUUGGGAAGCAAACUGCAAAGGGGGAUGGCUGUGCCUUAGAAGGGAUGUGUAUUUGUUCAGAAGAUAGGCAUUGUAGUCCAUCAAAAGGGUAUUUUUGCAAGCCAGGACUUGUUUAUCAACAAGCACGUGUGUGUAGGUUUUCAUCAUCUUCCUCGAGCUGAAUUUCACGGGCGGCUCAAAAAGAUUUGUGACCAAAGUCAAACCUAGAUGAAAGGCCUAAUUUUUUUUUUUUAAAAAUGCAUAUUUUUAUUUGAAAGUAUUUCCGUAACUUUUAUAGAUGCAAAUUAUUAAUAAUAUAAUCGACUUCU